UACACGGUAAAAACACACAUCGAUCAAUACAGGACCCUGCAUAUCCAUCAACGGCCAGACAGCAAGGCGCCUCGAAACAAAAGCCCUACCUCCGCGAACCCUAUCGGACGGACACGCCAUGUUCCGCCGUCGGUCGGUAAACCCAACGGACGGACCCUAUCUCCCUCCUUUUUCUCCCUACCUCCACAUCUCCGGCUGCUGGGCUCGAGCCUCGUUUGCACCACGCGCUUAUGUGCGUGCGUGCCUGCGUGCGAGAUCUGGCUCCAUCUCCGCCGCUGAAAUCGUGGCGUAGUAAUCAAUCUUCCCGCGCCAGUCAGUCCGUCGCCCAAGCUAACCGUCAAUGUUGACUAAACCCACUGGACAUUGAUGCGACCCGUCAACCAACCUUGAUGAUUAUACAUCCAUGACUACAGCAUUAUCAAGUCUUGCUCGCCUACACCGUGGAAUGAGUCAAAGCCACGAAUCUGGAAUCAUGAAAAGUCAAGUCACAUGCACCGGCGAAUUUUCACCAAUGGACCGCGUGACCCAUACCCCAUUGUCCUAGCUGUUCAGCAGCGCGACAUUGUCUCUUUCAGCCAGCCAGCUAGCCUCCAGUAAAGCCAAACACCACCACACAGGUCCACGCAAACAAAGGUGGCGUCUCUCGUCUGGGAACAACCCAUUCGGAACGUGCUACGUGGACAUGAAUGCGUACCCAACCUACGCACUGCCUGUGUCAAGUAUACCACACCACCAUGCAAUGCACCACGACAUCCCCGCAAACCCUACCCAGAUAGUCCUAAGCACCCAAUCUCCAACUAGCAAAGAAGUUGAUCCUCCUGUGCCACUCCCACCCUCGCCUAAACAAGGAGAGCCCGCGAGACGGCGCAAUGAGGCGGUGCAAUCCCGCAACCCAAUGCGUCGGGAAAGCAGCAUUACCCCCAAUAAAUUCCUGCAGAUCAACGGCCACGGCUGCCACCAGAGCACAAUACCGUUGAAAUACUGUGGAACGAUGAUCCCACGUCGCUUGCAUGCAGAGACGAAGCACUCGGUAGUGAUGUUUGUUCCUGAUUGA